ACCACUCCGACCGAGGUCCAAUGUCCAGUCGCCAUUCCGCCGGCCUUGACGACCAGAAGCGGCAUUGGCUCCGACGCCUCUUCGUCCGGUGACGGCCUGGCAGACAAUGGAUCUGGAUGCAGCACCAGCAACAGCAGCAUCGUCAUCCGCAACAACAACAACAACAACAACAACAGUAGCAGCAGCAGCAGCAGCAGUAGAGGAAGUUGUAGCAGCAGCAAUAGCAGCAGCAACGAGUUGGACCCACCCGUCGUCCAGAUGGCCGUUUCUUCGUCUGGCGCAAGCGCGGUUUCCACGACCGCUGCCGCAGUUGCCACGCCUUCAUCUUUCCGAUUCAUCCUUCCCGCCUCCACUUUAGCCGAGCCCGUCGUUGCCCCAUGCCCGAGCGCACCCGCGGUCAGCACGAGUCCGAUUCUGAAGAAUUUAAUUCCCAUAGCGCCCAAAUCGGUCUGUUCACCGGCCCAGAAGAUCCACAUGCCCUUUUUGCCCGUUGGCAAGCUCAGGAAGUCGCUAAUGUGUCCCUUUCCGCAUUGCGGCAAAAUGUUCCCAAAGGGCAACAAACUGCGUGAGCACAUCAUGCGUCACGAGGGCAACAGGCCGUUUCGAUGCUCGUAUUGCGGUGCCUCGUUUGUGCGCAACUAUGAUCUCAUGCGGCACAUGAAGAUACACACACGCUACAGCUUUCUUCGCGGCUCAAUAUCGGCCAUCAUCACCCGGUCCAACCGGUCGGCCAAUGACGCCGACGACGACGUCGAGACGCCCGGCAGCUCGGACGAGACGACGGCCGUUCGGGUGGCCAAGCUGGACGAAGCCGAUGUAGACUGGGCCUGA